CAAUGCAUAUGGGACCACAUGUGUAUUUUUACCUAGCUCCGCCUACUGCGGGUGACAGCGUUGUAGACAGAAUUACACGCAACACUACCGUAGCCGCGCGAGUGGGAAGGAGGCGGCCUAUGAGACGACCAUAUACACAUUGUCCAGUGAACUGUCCCAUAACGUUUUACAUCGCUAAUCGGGACAGUCGUGUGUGUGGGAUAUAUACAUGUUAGCAACCACUGUGACUGGCCAUUGCAAUAACGUUAACGUUGAACCAUUAUUCCAUGGAUGGAGUAUUGGUCCUGUGUGAUAUGUGUGUUGUACCAUAACUAUACAUUGUGUCCAUGACCUGAUUGGUAACAGUUCUUUGGGUGGAUUGGCAUUGUUGUUUGGAAAUUGACAUCAGCGACAAGCAAAUGGAAUUUUAUUAACAUUUGCUGCGAGUUGAAGUAGAAUGGUGUGCACUUUGUGACAAUAACUUGGCUGCCAGCACAACACCCGGUAGCACAGGGUAGCACAGUGGGCUACCCCCGGGAAGUCACUUAUUGGAGGGUGGAUUACCCUAGCUCGGAAAUUAUUCUUUGGUGUGAUGCCUUCGAAGUCUAAGGAGAUGGCUGAUACCAUGAGGGAGAUGACACGUGCCCCGACCCCAGGGCGAGCGCGGUCCCGACCCACGGGACGACCGUUGUCCGUACAUCAUAGUAGACAUAAUCUCAAACAUAGGUUUGAGUUGGUGAAGACGCUUGGGGAAGGCACGUAUGGAAAAGUCAAGUUGGGGAUUGAGAGAAACACAGGAGAACAGGUUGCUAUCAAGUACAUCAAGAAGACCAAGAUCCAUGACGAGACGGACCUAAACCGUAUACGUCGUGAGAUCGGCAUCCUGUCCAGUCUCAAGCAUCCGCACAUCGUCAACAUCAGGGGAGUGUUUGAGAAGAAGGACAAGAUAGUGAUGGUGAUGGAUUGUGCUCUGGGCGGUGAGCUCUAUGACUACAUUAAUGAGAGGCGCCGGCUCACUGAGAAAGACGCAAGGAGAAUUUUCAGGCAAAUCGUCUCAGCCAUCUAUUACUGUCAUCAGAAUGGUGUUGUUCAUCGUGAUCUCAAACUGGAGAACAUCAUCUUAGAUGAACAGUCCAAUGUCAAGAUUGCGGAUUUCGGCCUCGCCAACAAUUUCGGGCAUAAUGAACUGCUUUCUACAUUCUGCGGAAGCCCCCUCUAUGCUUCUCCGGAAAUAGUGAAUGGUCAACCCUAUCAUGGCCCAGAGGUGGACAUGUGGAGUCUUGGAGUGGUGCUGUAUACCCUGGUGUAUGGCGCCAUGCCCUUUGAGAACGCCAACCUCAAGGUGCUGCGCAAACAGAUCUCGAGUGGAGAGUACUACGAACCUUCUCACCAAUCAGAAGCUGGUGGGCUGAUUCGGCAGCUGCUCAGUGUCAACCCAGCCAAGCGGGCCACCAUGGAGGAAGUCCUCGGGCACUGGUGGAUAAAUGAGGGCUACAGUCACACCCCUAAUCUCGAACCCUAUCCCCGGAUUGCCGUACCGCCCAGUAAAUCUUUACCUCCUCACCACAGCUACUCGUCUGACAGUGAGAGUGAGUAUGAGACCCGCUACAAGAGUGGAUCUUCCAAGGGAAUACUGAAAAAGACUGUUGAAAGUUCUUUCGACGAGGAUGAAGCUCUGUUUGAUAUCGUGAGCUCGAAAACAUCUCCUGAUGCUUGUGAUAAAAACUCUGCCCCUUCCAGUAGUGUUAAUAUAGAACCCGAUGACCAACCGUCCAUUGCAUCACGGGAAUUGUGUGGUACUUUGGAUAAUAAUUCUGGGGAUGAGUCGAAAAAGGUUUUCGAUUCUGAGAGGAAACCGCGUCGUGGGAUCCUGAAGCGACGCGGAAAAUUCUCAGGGGGAGAUAGUGGUUGUGAUAUGAGAGACGAUUUGGCCCGGAAGAUGGAAGAUGAAGAGUCUCCCAAACGUGCGAGUGACUGUGAAGAUCUCAGCUAUGAAGACUGUGAUAUAAAUAUAGACUUGUCAAAAACUUCAUCCAGUACGCCCAACUUGGGGUCAUGUGAUGUGAUGGAGGAAUGUGUUGUCCAUACCCUCCCUUCACACAAGGAGACUGAUGUCGUGCAGAGCGGCAAUGUAACAAGCUCAAUCAGUAUAUGUAUUUCCUCUGACAGAGAAAAUUUCUCAAAUAAUCCACAAACUGUUUGCACAUGUAGUACAACAAAAGUUGUGCGUCGGAGGAAAGGGAUCCUUAAAAAAGGCGGAUCCACGAUGGAGGAUCCAAGAAACCGCCUCAGUGUUGGGAGUCUUAGCUCCAAUUCUUCAGCCGAUAUCCUGGACCUUUCAUUCGACAGCGCAGAUGGAGAACAGUUCAUAGGAAAGUAUGAUCGUCAAAGUUUAAAACGGGAAAGUCAAAACAUAAGUCCUUUGGCUACAGAGGGACCUAGAUUUGAAGCUUUCCCUCUCUCCGAUGACUUUAGUGCCUUGAACCUUGAGGGCGGGUCACAGCCUCAAACCAAAGCUCUCUAUGAUGACCGAAUGUUUGAUAUUGAAGAGGCUCGACAAGUUUAUCGUCAGGCGCUCGACAUCUGCCAUAGAGUAUAACUGUGUCCUUGACCUUGUGUAUUGUGUGAAGCACCCAAUGUGUCUGUGGAGUAUGUGUCGGAGGGUUCUGAUGCAUCAGGAUGUCAUCAAGACUGUCUCUUGAAAUGAACACAUUAACUUUGUUGAGAACAUUGUUGAGCGUCUAUGGGAGCCUAAGUGACUGUAUGCGAUAGAUUCCGCAAGACUGAUAUCAUAUGUGUCCAUGGAAACACAGCUUUAUGUGGCUAUCAAAUAGUCCUUGAUUGUAGUGCAUGUUUGUCAGUAGAAUUUUGCCAGUGCUUCAAUUGCAUUUUGUUGAAUUCAUUUUCAGUUCCAAGAUCAAUUCUCAAAACAAUAAUUCCUGAUUAUUCACUAGAUAUUUGAAAUAUGCCUAAAGAAAUGUAACGUAUGUUUCAAGCGGCAUUGAUGUCCACGCAAACAUAGUUACAUCUCCAGCAUAUGGUUGGUUUCUAUGUGUUUAAGCAGGAUUUAUCUAGGAUUCCAAACUAAGUACCUUUGGUGGGCAAAUUGGGGGAAAAUUGUGAUAUUGUUCAAAAUUCUGAGAAACCGGGUCAUUAUAAUUCAAAUUGGGAAUUCAUACUGUCAUUUGCUAGAGACUUGGCGCCGAAUAUCCACCUCUAAAAAGGCCUAGAUAGAUCUGUAUAAAGAUUUUGGAAUGACAUCAGAAAGGGAAACGAUUGUAAAAUGUGAAUUGAAGCAAGCAUGGUGCUAUAUUUGUUCUCAAUCUCUCCUGAGUUCAUUGUGAUUUGCUCAACUUCAAACAUAAUGAAUGUUAUAUUGUAUUACUUUGAGGCAAAGUAAUGUAAUAUAUUCCAUUACUCUAUGCUAUGGAAUGCAUUAUUGUAUUGCGCAAUGCUAACUUAAUGCAUUCUCAAAUUAACUCAAGUUAAUUCUCAAGUUAACAUAAACAUAAUGCAUUAUCAAAUUUGCCAAUGCUAACGUAAUGAAUUAUUGCAAUACUGUUAUGCAUUACUGCAUUGCUCAAUGCUAAUGGAAUGCAUUAUUGCUUUACUCAUCCUCAUUGAAUGCAAUAUUAUGCAUUAAUGCAUUACUCAGUACUAUGCAUUAUUGCAUUACACUAUGCUUACGAUGCAUUAAUGCAUUACUCUAUGCUUAUGUAAUGUAUUACUCUUUGCUAACGUAAUGUGAAUGUUGUCUCCAUAUGUGGAUGUUUGCUCCAAAGCAUAUUCCUGCGUAUGUGCAUUUCUCUAAGAUUUCACAAAAUGUCUUAUUCACUUUCCGAUGUGCCUCUCCGUAUUUUAGUUCAGGAUUCAUUUUAUAAUUCACUAACUAUGCAUUUUUAAAAAAAAUGCAUAUUAUCAUGAAACUGAUUUUAUACACAUGGAAAUGAAAUACAAAUUAUUUAUUUUGCACUGAAGUAUUCUGUCUAUAAAUUCAUGUUUCACUUUCAAUGUAGAGUUGGUCCUUUUUUAGAUAUAAUCAUAUUAUGCAACUACAAAACACAUUCCGAUUGUAUUCAGGGUCAUCCGUUUUAACGUAUUUUCCUAUGAUAAAAAAAUUGUGGAGUUCACAAGGUGACAACCACUGACCUUGAAUAAGUGACCUUCACCUUCCAGAGUCAAAUCUUUUGUCUUUGAUCGUGUGUUUCUCUGCAUACAUCAUGUUUUGUGAUUGGACAUGCUCUGCUUUGAAAUCUACCGUAUACAUAAUGGACACUGGACUCUAAACUUUUCAGUUUUGCUAUGCCAAGAUUCUGAUCUCAUUUUUCGCAUUUUCGCAAUGAUCUAGGUGGGCCAUGAUUUCCUACGAAUAUCAUUAAAAGGAAAUUAUGCAGUAUAAUCAAAAUUUAUCAUUGUUGAAAGACAAAGCAACAAUUCAACAAUGACUUUAAAAGGUUGAUUAGAAUGAUUUCCUAAUUUAAAUGGUCUAUUCUGCAUAUUACCCUAAUUUCAACACAUAAACAUGCAUUCCCAUGUAUCUUGAAAAAUAUGUGUGGCAAGGUUACUAUUGUUUUGUAAUAUGAUGGUUGUCAUGGCAUGACGUCAUGCUUAGUUCUUGCCAUGGUAAACUUUGAACUCGGCAAAGCAAUGGUAGACUUACAAAAGAAUUCCCAAUAGGGUUGCACAAGUGAACAGUGUACAGAUCUCUUAAAGGGACUUUCUGACUUUAAAUAAGCACUGCCAAUGAUGACAAGCAUCUCAGAUGAAGUUAAGGAUCAGCUGACUUUUUCAUUACUACAGCGUUCCGUCGGUACAACGCUACCUUUGGGGUCCAGAUAAUUGAUGAGCGUUAUGGACGAUCAGUUUGGGUAUUUGUUGACAUUAUUUUUUGUCCGAGUUACUGAUGGAUUAAUCAUAAGCCACCUAGGACAUAGUGAUUUAUCUGGCGAAAGCAGAACUGAUAAGUUAGUGUUUGUUGUGUUUGAUGUGUUGCAUAUAAGAUGAAACUGUCCCCUUAUGUGUUGAUUGUAGAAGUCGAUUUGAAAGUUAAGCAAUAACUGAACAUGUUAAUUGCAUGGUUUUAUAUCAUUUGUGUUGUAAUGUAUUUUGUAUCAUUUAUGACUUGUAAUUUAUUGAUAUUUUCCCAUCUCUUACAACUUUUGUAUCAUUUCCACAUGAUGUUACAUGAAUAAUUUUAAGAAAUCCUUUCUGAGGUUCAUUUCUAUCAUUUAUUUAUUUAUUUUCUCUUCACUGCCAAAGAAGCAACUCAACUUUCACAUCUUUGCUUUUGUAUAUUUGGUUUUUAUGUAAACAGCCGGUCUGUUAUGUCUUGGUGUUCUGAUCUUAACCAAACAUCAUUUUCAUUUGAUGAUGAGCAGUCAAAGUGAUAUAUUCCAUUAUAAAGGUACAAAUAUUUACUGACAAGAUAAGCUCUAAUUUGCACUUCUAAUUUUUCUUUCUACCCUUUUAAGUCUUAAGGACAGCUAUUUGUACCGGAUGCUUACCAUUAGCCAGUAGAAAUGCUUUUAGUUUGUCCCUCCUUAAAUGAUAUGGGCAUAUUUGAAGAACAAAAAAAUUUUUAGAAAUUAAAAAAACAUUUAUGUAUUUUUAGUUAUUGUGAUGUUCACAUUCAUGCAUGUUUUUUGUGAAACAUUGAAAAACAGUUCUGAUUUUAUAUGGUCAUGUAAAUGUCUGUGAAGUGGAUGCCAAUUUAGGUGAAAUGUUCUCCAAAUUGUACUGUGUAUUAAUCAUGAGGAGGGACCUGCUCUAUGUCAUUCAAUAGGACAUUGAUCUGCUCUAUAUGUCAUUCAAUAGAACAUCGCCUCACUGUCUCGUGUAGAAUAUGAACGAUAUGCAAUAUGAUGGAGCUAGUAUUUAGCACAGGGACAGUGGGGUGGGAUGUAGCCAGCCAGCUGCUUGUACCCCGUGUAUCUGUAUCAUCUGUAUCAUCCAACCGGAGCCUCGUGCCCUAGUGUGCCUGACAUUGUGAGUUAUUUGGAGCAUUUAAGCUUUGAGCAGUGAUGAAUAAACCAUUCUUACAUGAA